ACUGACAGAUUAUAACUGGUUAUUGGGAACGUCCUCGCCGAUAAACAGAGGCGUGUGUUCUCUCUAUGGUCGGCAAUGGAGGCUUCCAUAAGUAGAGGGGUCUUUCGGGUUUCGAUGUGCGGCCAAGAAGAGAUUGAACAGUUUUCAAGGGAUGGUAGCCAUUACAGUCUCUCUACGGGUAUUCUGCCGUCUCUCGGAGCAAGAAGUACUCGCACAGUCAAGCUCAGGAGUUUCAUUAUAUCGCCAUAUGAUGGCCGUUACAGGAUAUGGGAGAAUUUUCUUGUUGUACUGGUCGUCUAUACCGCUUGGGUAUCGCCAUUUGAAUUUGGAUUCCUUGAAAAAUCAAAGGAACCUCUCUCCAUUAGUGAUAACGUGGUCAAUGGAUUCUUUGCUUUGGAUAUCAUUGUCACGUUCUUUGUAGCGUACCUGGACAAAGCAUCCUACCUACUAGUCGAUGAUCCAAAGAAGAUAGCAUGGAAAUAUACAAGAUCCUGGUUGGUCUUUGAUGUCAUAUCCACAAUCCCUUCAGAGCUUGCUCAGAAGAUCACUCCUUCACCUAUCAGGUCAUAUGGCUUAUUCAACAUGCUUCGCCUUUGGCGUCUCCGAAGAGUUAGUGUCUUGUUUUCCAGAUUGGAAAAAGAUAAGAACUACAACUACUUUUGGGUGCGAUGUGCAAAACUUAUUUGUGUUACCCUUUUUGCGGUUCACUGUGCUGGAUGUUUCUAUUAUUUUCUGGCAGCACGUUAUCAUGACCCCAGGAGGACGUGGAUUGGAGCAUCCAUGAAUAACUUCCUUCAACAGAGCUUGUGGAUCCGCUACGUGACUUCGAUCUACUGGUCCAUCACUACUCUAACGACUGUUGGCUAUGGUGAUUUGCAUCCUGUGAAUACAAGUGAGAUGAUAUUUGACAUCUUCUUUAUGCUUUUCAACCUUGGGUUGACAGCAUAUUUGAUCGGAAAUAUGACAAACUUGGUUGUCCAUGGGACCAGUCGGACCAGAAAAUUUAGGGAUACCAUUCAAGCAGCCUCAAGUUUCGCACAGAGGAACCAACUGCCUGUACGCUUGCAAGAUCAAAUGCUUGCGCAUUUAUGUUUGAAGUUCAGAACAGACUCAGAGGGGCUCCAGCAGCAAGAGACUCUUGAUUCCCUUCCUAAAGCCAUCCACUCAAGCAUUUCUCAUUAUCUUUUCUACAAUCUUAUGGAUAAGGUGUAUUUGUUUCAAGGGGUUUCAAAUGACUUGCUUUUUCAGCUGGUCUCAGAGAUGAAAGCUGAGUAUUUUCCUCCCAAGGAAGAUGUGAUCUUGCAGAAUGAAGCACCGACAGACUUCUAUGUACUUGUCACCGGGGCUGUGGAUCUAAUUGACCAUAAAAAUGGGGAUCAGAUUGUUGGAGAGGCAAAAACUGGUGAUGUCUGUGGAGAGAUUGGGGUACUUUGUUAUAGACCACAGCUAUUUACAGUGCGGACCAAAAGGCUGAGCCAGCUACUACGGCUGAACCGUACCUCAUUCUUAAAUAUCGUCCAGUCAAAUGUUGGAGAUGGGACCAUAAUCAUGAAUAAUCUCCUUCAGCAUUUGAAAGACCUAAACGACCCAAUAAUGUCAGAAGUUUUGGUGGAGACAGAGAACAUUCUAACUCGUGGAAGAAUGGACCUACCUCUUAGUCUAUGCUUUGCAGUUCAAAGGGGAGAUGGCUUGUUGUUGCAUCAGUUGUUGAAACGGGGCCUUGAUCCAAAUGAAUCAGACAACAAUGGAAGGACAGCUCUGCAUAUAGCAGCUUCCAGAGGAAAUGAGAAUUGUGUGCUUCUACUACUUGAUUAUGGAGCUGAUCCUAACAGUAGAGACUCAGAUGGGAGUGUGCCACUAUGGGAAGCAGUUCUGGGUGGUCAUGAACCGGUGAUCAAGCUACUCCUAGACAGUUGUGCAAAUUUACACUGCGGAGACAUUGGUCAAUUUGCAUGCAUUGCUGCUGAGCAAAACAACUUGACCCUGCUCAAGCAAAUUAUCCGUUAUGGAGGAGAAGUCACACAUCCUAGGGCAAACGGAACGGGUACCACAGCUCUUCAUGUUGCAGUUAGUGAAGCCAACACUGAAAUAGUCAAAUUCCUUUUAGAUUAUGGUGCUGAUAUUGACAAGCCAGACUCUGAAGGUUGGACCCCGAGGGCUCUAGCUGACCAGCAAGGACACGAAGACAUUAAAAUCCUUUUCCAAUCUGCUAAAGAGCCUAGAAAUCAUUCUGUCAUUGCGGUUCCUGAGAAGCAGAAUCGUGCUCGUUUCGUUGGGAGGUUCACAAGUGAGCCAACAAUCCGUCCUUUAUCCCUGGAGGGCUCCCUCCAGACUACAACAGAUGGACCAUGGAUCCAGUCCCAGUCCCAGUCCCGUCCAAGGCGCAGGACUAACAAGUUCCACAACUCACUAUUUGGCAUAAUAUCUGCUGCCCAUGCUGGGGAGGAUUGUCAAUUCUCUGUUAACCCGAUGGUAAGUGCUAAGAACUGCAGAGAUGAUCCAGCUAGAGUGACAGUUAGUUGUCCGGAAAAGGGAGAAGCUGGGGGAAAGCUUGUGCUACUUCCAAGGAGUUUUGGGGAGUUGCUUGAGAUUGGUGCUAAGAAAUUUGGGGUCUGGCCGAGUAAAGUCCUAAGCAAAAAUGGUGCUGAAAUUGAUGACAUUGAGGCUAUAAGAGAUGGUGAUCAUCUUAUCUUCGUUGGUUAUGUUGAAACUGAAGAAUCUAAUAGCAAAGUCCCUCGACCUAAUGGGUGUUUGUAGUACUUCUUGUUCAUCUAUACGUGGACUCGUCUCUCUUUUUCUACGAA